AUGGUUAACCCUACUCGAGGUUUUGGUGCUGCUGCUUCUGCUGCUCCUCCCCCGACUGAUGCCGAGAGGAAGUCUAUUGAAGCCGAGAUUCAACAACUACAACGGAACUUUCGGGUUUUGGAGAACGAUAAGCGCAACUACAGUGAGGUGUCCCAAGGUGUUAUACGCAAACAGAGAGCGACUAUCAUGAAGCUAUCUCGAGAGAACAAGAAGAUGAAGCAAGAGCUUAAUGAUACCAGAGCCUUUACGUCUUCAAAGUCUGAGCAUAAGCUUGGUACAGAGCGAUUACAUAGGAUAGAGGAGGAGAAGGAUCGCGUCGACGCCCGAUUGAGGGAUGAGGCUGCUCGAGGAAAAGUGAUUGAUGAUCGUAUUGGGGUCCUCGAAGAUAAGAUUCGUUCUCUGCGAGAAGAGCUUGCUCGCCGAGGUGGGAUCAAUGCCGCUAAGGAGACUGACGAGGCGAUUGAAAAGCAGGUCAAAGUCCUGGACAACCGGCUUGAGAAGAACCUUCAGAAGUUCAAUGAAGUCAUCGCAGUUAACACCAGAUUACGGGAUCGGAUCGAUACUUUGAGGAGGGAAAGGGUUGUAUUCGACUCCAUCUAUAGGAAGCUCGAGAUAGAACUUCAAGAGAAGAAGAAGGAAAUGGCCAACAUCAUUGAGCAGGCCAAUGCAGCAUACGAAGCCCGGGAUCAGGCUCAGGCUCAAAUGACAGCUCUCAAGCAGCAAGCCGAUAGAGAGCACCACGAGUUCGAGAAGGAGUGGAAAGAACUGGGCCGCCUUAUUGAGAAUGAUAAGAAGAUGAAGGACUUCAUAAGGCAGAAAGAGAGGUCUCGGAUAGAGGAUUCUGGGAAGAGUGGCAACUCUGACGUUCUCGCUCUAGAUAAUCUUAAUGAUGAAAUGGGGACAAGCAUUCUCAUUAUCGACUGCCAGAUUGAAGUUUACGACGAAGCUUUUAGUAAGAUUCAGAGUGCUACAGGCAUCACAGAUAUCAACGAGCUGGUACAGAACUUCAUAACUGCGGAAGAUCAGAACUUCUCGCUCCUCAACUACGCCAAUCAACUCUCAGAAGAUAUAAAGAAGCUCGAAGCCUCUAUUACAGAUUUGACCCGGGAGUUUGACUCCCUGAAAGUCGACGAGUCGCCUCCUGGUAAAUUAUCCACAGGUAAAAGGCCUACCACCGACGCAGUGUCGCCAGAGUUCCUGUCGCAACUCGAGAGGAAGUGGAAUAAGGCGGACAGGAAGGCAGAGAGCUACGAGUUGAGGUACCAACAGGCAUUGAAUACCUUGACUGGCGUUCGCGCUGGUAUACAGUCGAUAUUCAAUUUCUUGGGUUGUGAUCCUCCUCCGCUAGCUGUGCUAGACGACUUUGAGGACGAGACGGGUAGUCACGGUCUGAAUGAGGCAGUCGUCUCGGAAUCUGCCAUGCUAUCCUAUCUAGGAGUCAUAGAGAAGGCUGUCAACGAGAUUCUCCGAGUAUAUGCUGCCUCUCAAGUAGCCGUUGUUAGUGAGGAGACUGGUGAAGCUGAUUACGCUAUUGGAGACAAAUACCUCAUGCCCAAGGCAGUGGUUGCAGUAGCGCCAGCGUCGUCAUCGUCCAAGCCGAAUGAUGCGGGCACGUCAUCGGGUAGAAACGAGACCAUUCCCUCGUAUUGUGAUCAAAUGUAUGUCUCUAGCAUUCAUGACGAUCAAGUUGCCUUCGACCAUAGAGGAUUACUCGGAUGA